AGAUUAGAUGGCUUGCUCACUCCAAGACACACUAGAAGCAGUGUAGACAAGAUCUCCCUCCUCCCUCUGGGCGUGCAGGUACUGCCUUGCCCUUUCCGGGGAUGCGACCUCCUGCCUGGCGCGAGCCUGGGAUGGUUCAAGUCCCUGGGCAGAGAAGAGGCUGGAACUGGGAAGAAAAGGAACGGGAGUGGACAGGUCCAUUCUACUUCGUCCAGGGUGCAGACCCUCAGUUUGGGCUGAUGAAGGCCUGGUCCACCGGGAAUUGUGACAACGGCGGUGAUGAGUGGGGGCAGGAGAUCCGUCUCACGGAGCAAGCUGUUGAGGCCAUCAACAAGCUGAACCCCAAACCCAAAUUCUUUGUUCUCUGCGGUGACCUCGUUCAUGCCAUGCCAGGAACUCGCUGGCGGAAAGAACAGACCAGGGACCUGCAGCGAGUACUGAAGGUCGUCGACCAGGACAUCCCACUGGUGCUGGUCAGCGGCAACCAUGACUUGGGCAAUGCCCCCACAGCCGAGACUGUGGAGGAGUUCUGCCAGACAUGGGGAGAUGACUACUUCAGCUUCUGGGUCGGGGGUGCCCUGUUCCUGGUGCUCAACUCCCAGUUCUUGUACGAUGCCUCCAAGUGCCCUGCACUGAAGCAGGCCCAGGACCACUGGCUAGACCAACAGCUGAGCAUCGCAGAGCAGCAGCAGUGCCAGCAUGCCAUUGUCUUUCAGCACAUCCCGCUGUUCCUGAAGAGUAUUGAUGAGGAUGACGACUACUUCAACCUCACCAAGACCGUGCGACAGGAACUGGCCGACAAGUUCACCAGAGCAGGUAUCCGAGCCGUGUUCUCCGGCCACUACCACAGGAAUGCUGGGGGAACCUACCAGAAUCUUGACAUGGUGGUUUCAUCUGCCAUCGGGUGCCAGCUAGGCAAAGACACCCAUGGGCUCCGGGUGGUGGUCGUCACUGCAGAGAAAAUUGUCCACCGUUACUACAGUUUAGAUGAACUGAGCAAGAGGGGACUGGAUGACGACCUGAGAGAACUGCUGAAGGAGUGACGGGUGCCCGCAGGGUCCGCUCAGCUAUAGAAACGUCUGAGCAGAAAGGCGCCUUUGUGAACGGAUAUGCUUUUAUAUAAAUCAAACUGCUGGGUCCUAUCCUUAAUUACUUUCAGAAGAGGACUGUCUCUCCUUUAAAAUCCAGACAAGAUGGCUGAGGGUGUUUUCUAAUUGUGGUGUGAGACUUCCCAAGUGAUGUUUGGAUAAAUUCUUCUCAUCGUGCAGCUUUUAACUCUGCCCUUGAAUCACUGCUUCUGACAGCUUACAAUCAAUAACCACCUACUGCCCUCAAUCCCCACUCCGUACCCAAGAGUGAGCCUUAGUAAUUCCUCAGACAAACUGCGUCUGCUUUUGUUAAACUGUGGUCAUGACCCCCAGAAUGCUAGGAAAACAGAGGUUCCCCCCUCCUUCCUGACAGACCAAAUAGUAAGGCCCCCCUCAGGGCCCCAUCCCAGGGCCUCAGAGAUUCAUCGUCAUAACGAGUAGCAUCAUAGCCAUCACUGGCUGGAGUUUCAGGACUCCCCUCACUGCUGAUGUUGUGAACACAGUGCAGGGGGCCACACCGGGGUGUGUUUGCCUUUCUGAUGACAAACACCAUCUUCAGACAUGCAGACUGUGUUGUUCCAGAAGAUCACAGGAGGCCGCAGCAUGAAGACCCUACACAGCCCGCGCUCCCAUGCACAUGGUCUCCUGCUGCAGGCGUUGUCAGACCGAUAGCCUGGAGGGGAAGCUGGACUUCUCCCAAGAACAACCUCUGGAUUUUCCUCUGUGUACCAGCGGUCCUGGUGCACAAGUAACCAGGGCCGCCACAUCCUGCCAAGGAAGUCUUACAGUGUCCUGCAGACUGGGAAAUCUGAAACCAACUUUAAAAACUCAGUGGUUAUAAAUGAACCACGAAGCCCACUAAAUUAGAAAACUUUCAGUCAAUGUAGCAAAACCAUGAGAAAUUAAAUAAAAAGAUAAUUGGAUAUGUAAAUUCAUAAGGAACAAAAGAUACAAGAAGUUAAUUAUUAUACAGACUGGUGACACCAGAGCUCAUUGUUAGGAAGCACAAGAAAAUUAAAAUUUUCAAACCAGA